AUGGUCAUAGAUGAAACGGUAAUUCCUUGGAGAGGCAGGCUAGUCUUCCGACAAUAUAUACCAAACAAAGCUCAUCCCUAUGGUAUUAAGUUAUUCAAUCUUUGCUCGACAGAAGGAUUCACUUGGUCUACUAAAAUUUACUCCGGCAAAAGCUCAACAGGUGUUCGAGAAGUUGGUUUGGCAAAAAAUGUUUGUGAAGAACUAAGUUCUUUAUUGAAAGGAGAAGGUCGCACUCUAUUUGUUGACAAUUUUUAUACGAGCUACGAACUGGCACGCUCCAUGCUUGACCAAAAGACGCAUGUAGUUGGGACACUUCGAGCGAACAAAAAAUUCUGCCCAAAAGAGGUUAUGAAUGCACAGCUAAAGAGAGGAGAAAUGGUAGCACGUGAGGAAGAAAACGGCAUUGUUGUUCUAAAGUGGAAGGACACCCGAGAUGUGAGGAUGCUAUCCACAAAACAUGCUCCUGUUAAGGCUGCCGUAUCUGACCAAUCGAUUCCUGACCCAAAUAUUCCAUCCACCAGUAGAGGCAGGAGAAUAAACCAACGCCAGGGAAAUCGUGAAAAGCCUCUUGCUAUUAUUGAAUAUAACAAAGGCAAGUCGGGCAUUGAUCUAUCGGAUCAAAUGGCUUCAUAUGCUACGACACUGAGAAGAGGUCUCAAGUGGUACAGAAAAGUUGCCAUUGAAUUUUUGCUGGGAAUGGCAGUUGUAAAUGCUUUUUUAGUUUACAAAAAAGCCACGAAAAGUGUUAUGCAAAUUAGAAAAUUUCGAGAACAGGUUGCUGAAGGAUUAUUGGACCUUCUUUCUCCACAACCCGUUGCUUCAAAGAAACAUUAUAUUGAAAAAAGAAAGGAUUCAAAUGGUAAAACCAUAAGACGGGCUUGCGUUUUGUGUUAUGCCCAAAAAAAACUGACUAUUGUGGGUGAUUUAUGGGUUGGUCGAAUAAUUGCUGACCAGAACGAUACAGUCAAUGGUGGAAGCUAUAAGGCUAUGAUUACUGAUAAUUACGUUACGGACUCGUGA